AUGAAGAAAAAUACUCUUCUUUAUACAAAUGACUGGCUAUCAGUAUUUAUAUUAGAUGGCCUCAUUGAACCAGCCAGAGAAAUCUCAAAGAACUGCAUGUUUUCAAUUCCUCUGUUUUUCUUAAUAAGAGAUGAAGAAACUCUUAAUAAUCUACUUUUGAUUGCAUCCAAUAUUUUCUUUCAACAAUUAAUAUGCAAAGCAAUCAAUGAUGGUUAUAUUUAUCAUCUCCGAAUCAUGAUUCACCAUCCUAAUUUCAGCUUUUCUAAAAUUAAUGCAUCGAUUUUAUCUGAAAUUGAAUGCAAACACAAGGAUAUUUAUCAAGAAAUCAUAGCUUUAUUGAAUGCAAUGACCACUGUUGAGACUGCAUAUAAAAAUUUCCUUGAUAAAAUACCAAUUAAUGAAGGAAUGGUUUAUGAUGUUAUGAAAUAUAGUAUACAAAUUAACUGUAUUUAUAAUUUUAAUAUUAUUGCAUCACAUUACUAUAAUAUUCAUUAUUCAUUAGAACAAUUGAUUGAAUUACUCAAAUUAUCACCAUUUACAUGGUCAUUUGCAUCGGAAAAGAUUGUUGAAAAAGAACCAGAUGGAUCAGUUUGUAUUCCAUUAACAAGAUAUUAUUUUAUUUCAGAAGAUAAUGGUAUUAUUCCAGCACAAGUUGCCGAUAUCAUUAUGAAAGAUCCCGAAUUACAAUCACAACUUACAGCAUAUGAUUGUAUCAACUUGUUAUCAAUGAUUCAACUUGAAUACACAGAUAUUUCUCCCUUAAUUUCUCUUUUAACAAAAUUUGGAUUGAUUACUGAUCCAAGUCAAAUUAAUGAAAAUACAUCAUUAACAGAUAUCCAAGAAAUUGUUUAUAAUUCUCCUAAAAUUGAUGAACUUAUCAAAGAAGAUAUUGAAGGAUUCGCGAAUAUUAUUGCACCACAUCAUGAUUUUAUCACUAAAGUCACUGGAAUUGAAGUUUCAAAAGAAUUUUAUGAUAAAAUGGUCCAUAUUUAUGUCAAUACCUUUAAUCCAAAACCAAUACGUAAAAAUUUAUAUCUCUUUGGAAGAAGUGUUCAAGUUCAGCCAGAAGUUAAAGAACAUUGUGAUAAGUUUAUUAGAUUCCUCACUGAUCCAAUAAACAGAAAACAUGUUGAUGUUAAAGAACUUUGCAAAUCACCUCAAAAUGUCAUCUUCAUCAAAUACCUUGAAUUUACGCAGGAUGAGUUUCAAUAUGUCAAAAAUAUUGAAUUCAUGAAAUUUGAAUUAUGUUUUAAUCAAAAUAAUAUGAAAUUCUUUACAUUUGAAGAACUUAUCAAGACUAGAAAUAGUGAAAAUGUAUUGAAAGGAGCAUUAGUCAAAACAUUGACACCAGAAGAUGUAAGAAAAAUUCAAGAAUACUUUAUUCAUCCAAUCUCUUAUACUCCCUGUGUAAUGCAAACAAACAACGUAGAAUUCCAGCAACGUUAUAGAGAAAUUUUCAAGAGAGAUGAAAUAUGCAAUGGUUUCGAAGAUCAAUUACUGAUCAAUAAUCUCAUGCCUAAUCACAUUUUCGAUGAUAUUUCCUACAAAAUUUUUGCUACUCUUUUAACAAGGAAAUUGAAUGAUGCGACAAAAGCCAAAUUAUUUUUAACAAUCCCUGCAUCUCAGGAAAUGCUUGAAUUUCUAUAUUCUAAAAGAGAAUUGAUAAAUGAUUCUUGUCUGAUUGUUUAUUCAACAAGAAUUUCCUCACCAAUUGUUGAAAAGGGAGCUACAAUUGGUGAUGAUUAUGUAGAAAAAAUAUUCUGCUCGGCACAGAAAAUUGAUUUGGAACUUUUGUUUGAAUACAAGAUUUCCAAGAGAGCUCUAGCAUUAUCAUUGAUAAAAUCCAUCGAGAAUAAAUACAUAGAAGCUAUAAAAAUCUUGCUUUCAAAAGAAGCACCAGUCAAUUUCAUUUUGGAUGGGGUAACUCCACUUCAAGUUGCAAUAAAAAACAAUUACAUUGAAGGAGUUGAAAUUUUACUAAAUCAUGGAGCAUCAAUUGACUUCAAAGGAUUACAGACAGCUGCAUUUGCCGCCGAAUCAUCUAAAAAUGCAAAAAUAAUUAAAUUAAUUUGCAAUAAGAUUGAUGUCGAAUAUGAAUCUCACUUCACCCACAUCACUGAUAUUCAUAUCCCAAAAAAUAUACAACCUAUUAAACAAAAUAUGGAUUUAUUGUGCAGCAGUAAUGCUUUUCAAUACGCAUAUUCGGAUGAUAAAUAUCCUGACUUUAUGAUUUGCUCCCGUGUCAAGAAUACAAAAGAUUCAAUUAAUUUAAUUUCAGAUAUUCAUCAAAUAGUUAUCAAUGUUAUUCAGGAAAAGUCUUCAUUUGCUAAUCCAUUUAGAGUAAUUACUUUAUUUACUCCAGUUGAUUUAUCAGCUCUACGUGAAUUAAUUCCAGGAUUAACGUGUAACAGGAUGAUGAUAUCAGACGAAAUUAAACAAGAUGUCUGGAAUUUCAUUGAUAAAAACUUAGCAAUAAGUAGUCCACAAUUCAGAGCUGUUUAUUCUGUUAUCACAGGAAUCAAAAUGAUUGAACCGAUUGAAGGUCUCUCAGAUUUAUUGUCUGUUGCAACAAGACUUGGCAACAUCGAAAUCAUCGAAGAAUUGUUUGAUAAAGGUGCUCGAAUCGAAGACGUCGAAGGUUAUUAUCAGUUAUUGUCUCCAUCAUUAGAAGCAAUCAGCAAAGAUCGAUCAGACAUUUUAGAACUUUUCAUUCUUCAUGGAUUGAAAUUUGAUCAUAUCUAUUCUAUUGACAACUUCACAUUGCUCAAUGCAAGUAUCGAAUUCAACUCUACAAAAUGCUUUGAUCUUUUAUUUUCUAAGUCAUCAUUUGGUCAUUUUGUUGUUGAAACACCAAUGAUGAGUGCUCUUCAAACAUUCGAACGAACAGGCAACGAUUACUUCAUCAACAAACUUCUUCCUCAAAUUGACACCGAAUACGAAAGAAUUGUUGAUUCAUCAUUUUGUGACUACUUAUUAUUCAAAUCCGGUCAAAUUCCAGAAUUCCACUAUAAUUCAGCCAACAGGAAGAAAACAGUCAUAAGCUCAAGAUUCGUUAAUGAAUCUAAUAUGAUCCCAAAUUCCCUAAGUAGAGGAUUUGAUACUGUUAUUCAAGAAAUAUUGGCAUUCGAUAUUGUUAGAUAUCGUUUUUUAAUGGAGCGUGACCAUAUUCAGAAAUAUAUCGAUUAA